AUGAUCCCGCCGGGGGAGUGCCUGUAUGCAGGCAGGAAGAGGAGAAAGCCAGUGCAGAAACAGAGGCCAGCUGUGGAGUCUGACAAGUCUAACCCCUCCAAGCGGCACCGGGACCGCCUCAAUGCCGAGCUGGACCAGCUGGCCAGCCUCUUGCCAUUUCCACCCGACAUCAUCUCCAAACUGGACAAGCUUUCAGUGCUGCGCCUCAGUGUCAGCUACCUCCGGGUGAAGAGCUUCUUCCAAGCCGUGCAGGAGUCCUGCUUGAGGCAGCCGGUAGCCAGGGAUCACUGCUCAGGAGCUGCUCGUACAUGUGGCGAGUCAGAGGUGCUGGAGGGCAGGCUGCUCCUGGAGUCUCUCAACGGGUUUGCCCUGGUGGUGAGUGGAGAAGGAAUGAUCUUUUAUGCGUCAGCAACAAUCGUGGAUUACCUGGGCUUCCAUCAGGUGAGUGAGCAGAGGUCACGCUGGAAGUGUUGA